AAUAAAACUACUGGGGUUUGCCACACUGACGAGCUACAUAAAACGUGUCAUUGUAAGUUACAUCUCUCCGCUCAUUGAAGUUGAAGGUUGGAUUCACAUGAGGCAACAGGAAGGUAUUUCAUGUGCAAAUUAUUCAUAAACUUCUUAAGGCAUAUUCUAUCUGUAUUCUCAGACUAAAAGCGCCACUUUCUCCUUGUAGUACACUUCCUUAAGUUUGAAGUUGAUCCCCUCGAAAACAUUUUCUUGUCUCAUUUGAUUCAGUCUUUAACACCGUGACGUUAGACUGGAACUUCCGUGUGCAAAUGAGACAUGUAGAGCCAUGCGUCACUAACUGAGUAAUUGGUAGAUGUUGCUACUAAUAACAAAACUAAAGAUUUGCAUCUCUUUGUUUGAUUUAAGGUUGAAUUCACAGUAGUAAACAAAUGCUAGAUCUCGUGUUUUGGUAAAAGUCGGAUAAAAUGUCGACUAUACGUAGGCAGGAUCAGGAAAAGAAAGCAGCUUUGAGCAAGAUACAACAAGAAAACAGAAAUGACUAUUGUGCUGAUUGCUCUGAACAACGUAAGUUGCUUGUUCAACUAGCUGGGGUUAAAUUUAUAACUUGAUUUAAUUAUAUCCAGUAGACACUUUGCUGCUAGCGAGAAACUUUCCGGCGGCCGCAAACUUUCUCUCAAGGCCUGAAUCUCUUUUUGACUUCUUUCCUCUCAAAAAGGGCGAAGAUGUAAGAUAGGGGGACUUAAUGCUGAUGCAAAGUCUUUUCAAAUAUUUCUUUCACAUGUGCCACUGUUGAACAUGAUACUUAGUACAGUUGUACUCAAUAAUGUCUGGGUGUUUGAAAAGAAUAUGAUUUUCAGAUCGCUUGUACUAAACAUUGAAAAGUUGAAUCAGCUUCAAUUAGGGCAUCCUUAAAAAAAAAAAGAAAGAGAGAGAGAGAGAGAGAGAAAAUAUCGGCUGACCAUAAGUGAGUGGUGGACCGUCUAAUUAUCAUACUGCGUGAAGGAAGUGAGCUAAAGUGUCUUUACCUAUAAUAGGUUUAAAAUCGGUAUGUCUGAGGAAAACAGGACGCCUAGAAUCUAACCGAUAUUGGUUUUCGACACGUUACGAAGACAUUUGUUAUAGCUAGGCCGAUUUGCAAGGGAAGGAUGCCUUCGUAGGACGCCAAUCGGAAAAGGGUUCGGACAUUGACUUUUGGCAUGUUUCGUUCACAGAUCCCAAGUUCGCUUGCAUUGUGAAGGGUAUAUUUCUUUGUCUUGAAUGCGCUGGCGUCCACAGAAGUUUUAGUACUGACGUAUCAAGAAUUAAGUCGGUUGAUACUGACGUCUGGACCGAUGAAAUGUUGCAGGUAAUUUUAUCAGUCUAUGGAGCAGGUAAAAAGAAAUUUCCACAAUUAAUAGCGUGCUAAAGGGAAUUUACCACCAAGAUGACGCCAGUGAUGUCACACUUUAAAGACCUUUCGUUCGUUACUGGCGGAGGUCUUGUCUGUAGCCAUUAAAUGACCUUUGAUAAUGAAUUACUGGGAAAACAUUUCCUAAGCUAACAGUUCAAAUUAAGGGGAAAUAUAAAUUUCUGAGAAAAAAAUGAUCGUUAAAGUGAAAGAGGUGAGCUUUGUUUACGGACUGCUUUAACAUGUUUAAAACUUAAACUUUGAUUUACUAUUUCUCACUUAAUGAAACCGCAGAUACAGUUUACAAAUUUUUAAAAACCACGCAUUAAUUAUGGCUAAAUUUAUAAUCGAAGUGGUAAAGUCAACCAAUACAGGACCACACAGAGGUAAUUUGUUUGUGCUAUGUAAUGGAGUUACCCUGAGGCAAUCCAAUGGAAAGUGAGAGAUGACCUUAGUUGAAAGUCAAAAAGUGGAGCCUAAUAGCGACCUAUAUAUAGUGGGUAAUAUGACGUCAAUUACCAAUCCUAGAAUAUGAAAUAUGGUAGUAGUUGAUUCCACAAGCGGGCAAGACUAUGGGCGAAAGCUGCGUUCUGAUUGGCGACCCGAGCGGGCAAAAUAGGCCCUUCUUUGCCGCUCGAAAUUUCCCCCUUUGCUCGCAAAAACAGACUUUGUUUUGGCCAUACAAUAACUCCCGGCUUUAUUGACCAAAAAUGUUCGGUCAAGAUGGCUGGAGUUUGGCCCGUUCUUGUUUUUGCGUUUUUAUUGACCUCGACUUCGUCUCUCUUUAAAACGGCCCACGACCUCGAUCAACAUACCAGCAUGUCAUGACACUUUUUUUAGUCACUUUAUGUAUGCUUAUAAAUUCAUCUUUUACAGAUAUAAUACUAUAGGACGUAACUUUAUAAUUUCACUGAUUUGGAAGCCGUCUUGUCAAUGUAAAAUGUCUUGUUGUUUGGGUCUUCAUCCGGGUUAUAACCCAAACCCAGGCCCCUCUUGUUUCUGCUGCAGUCCAUAGCAGCCUCGUACUGCUUCUCCAGUCGCCGCGUCAAGGACUCUUCAGUGCCUUUUGUCAUGCAGCGACUACCUGACGACGGGCCACUGGCCGCAUCAUUCGCUUGUCUUGUGGCUGACGGCUUUUUGAAGGCGCCCAUCAGACGGAGAAAUUUGUCGUUUCUCUCUGCACUGCCAAAGUCAGCACCACCCCACUGGCCAAGCUUAAAAAUACGGAGAAAAAGGAAUAGAAACAACUUGGUAAAAUGUUGCGCCGGAAUGGUACGGGUAUUUAAUUUUCUACUCGCAAUUUCCUAUUUCCUCAUGCAAAUGGUGCUGUGUACCCUGUGUCCCCAUUAAGUCAUGCUUACGUGACUGAAUGUUAGGACCUCCCACACGUUUUAGUUUCUUUUCCAUGUGUCUAACUGACAGUGUAGAUUUACGAACAAACAAGUUUCGUAAUUCAAAAUAGCAAGUUUCAAAUCUAGAAAAAUUCCCGAUCUAAGAUACAUCAAUUUUCUCUUUCAUUUUAGCCUAAUCAAAACCGUCGUUUCGGCUGCUUACGGAAUAUAACCUCUCGCACGGGAAGGAAUCCGUACAUUUUCCUGUAGCCUGUGUACAGCCGCCCCCUUCCCUCAGAAAAAAAUCGCAGAGGGGGGCGGGGGCGGCUGUACACAGGCUAAUUUUCCUGGGACUACACACCGAUUUUUCAUUCAGUGGAAAUAAAAGUAUUAGAGAGCAAGAGAGUAAUAGCACCUCUGUUGUACAAUACCGCUAUCUUACCUCAGGUUCAAUUUUCUUUAGUGUUCGUCCCUCAUUAUCCCCGUUUUCAUCUUUACAAGUUUCUAACUCUUGUCCGAUUGCACGAUCUUUUUCCAGGUUCCUGGUCUUUUUCUUUCCGUUCUCCUCUUGACCUGUUUCUCGCCCAACUACAGAUGACGGCUCUAUUUCCACGCCCCUUUCUUUUUCACGGCCGCGCUUUGUCUCUUUUGAUUCUUGAUUGUCAUCCCUCUCGUCAGAUUUCACUUCUUGCUUGUCUUUCUCCUUGGACGAUUUUUUCUUUUUCGAUUUCUUGCUGCCACCACUGUUACUUUUUUCAACUCUACUUGAUUUAUCUUCACUUAUUCCUCUCUCACGGUCCUCGACAGAAAAUGCAGAAUCUUCCUUCUCUUUGCUAUCCGUCAUUUUCUUGCGAUCUCUUUUCGACUUUUUUUCCGGGAUGUAAUUUUCAACUUUGGUUUUCACUUCUUCUUCCAGUCCACGCUUCCUUGACUGAACCUGUUCAGGUCUUCUCUCUCCUUCUCCACCGUUUUCGUCUUCAUUUCCUCCAUUUUUGGUUUCCUCGAAGUCGCGCUUCGAUUUUUUCUCUGCGAGUUCUUCUUCAUCUUCAUUUACAACUCCAUGAACCUUGGUUUUCUUUUUGCUCUUUCUCUCUGAAACUUCCUCUCCGUCGGUAACGCUUUUUUCUUGAAGAUUCUUCUCCUCUUCAAAGCUUUUCGUUUUGCUUUGUCCGUGUUUAGACGUUUUCACAGACUGCUCAUAUUGCUCGUCAGCAACAUCAUCCUGACUAACUUUAAUGUUCUUUUGUCGUUUAUCCUUUUCACUAACACUCUCUUUUUUAAUAUCUUUUCCCUCACUUUUGACAUCAUCUUCUACAUAAACUUUGUUCUCUUUUAGCUUUCUUUUUCUCUCCUUCUUGCUCGCAGAGGAUUCCAUCUUCCAUUCUUCCUUUCCUUUUUCGGCUGCAGUGCACUCUUCUGAAUACUUUUCCUCCCUUUUUUUCUCAUCUGAAUCACUUUCUUCUCUUUCCGCGGCAUUUCUUUUUUUCUUUCGUUCACGUUUAGAAUUUUUCUCAGAAUUUUCCUUCUCUUUUGCUUCAUCAGCAACAUCAUCAUUCACGUUCGACUUCUUUUUGUGUCGCUUGUCAUUCGGAUCUGAGCGUUUCUUUACUUCACCUUCCCCCAAAUUUUCGUCUUCUUCAGACACCACAGUCUCAGUUUGAAUUUCUUCGCGUCUUUUUGCUUUCUUGUGCUUGCCGGCAGAGCCAUAAACUUCCAACUCAACAGUUUUCGCUUCCUCACCUCCUUUACGGUCGCGCUUUCUCCUUUUCACUUUUUCUUGUUCUUCAGUUAAACUCUCGGGUGCUAUUUCUUCCGCAAUCUUCUCCUCCUUACGUUUUUUGCUAUUUUCUUCCUCUUCGCUUCCUAUCCCUUUUGACUUCCUAUCAAGAUGUUUUGUUUUCUUCCUAUCAUGCUUAGAAAUCUCCUUAGCCUCACUUUCCAUUUCCUCUGUCUCAUAACUUUCCGCUUUUGGUGUUUUCUUGUCCCUGCGUUUGCUUUUCUUGUCCUUGUUUUUCAUACCGUUACCGGCAUCGUAAGCGGAAACCACGCUACCAUCCACCGGAGCUGUUAUAUUUUCCGAUACCUCGGCUUCAGAUUUUCUUUCUUUGGAACCUUUUCCUUCAGAAACCUCCUCUAUCGAUCUUUUCUUAACCCUUUUAUCUUUCUUUCCUCCUCUAUUCCCUGUGCUUGCGUCAUUAAAGGAUAUGUUUGCCCUCUCUUUCCUCUCAAGUUCAGUUUCCUUUUCAAGGACCUGAUCGGCUUUCGAUUUUCUUUCCGCCUUAGUUAAGGCCUUCUUAUCUUUCUCCUCAUUUCUCUCCUCUUCAUCCAUUUUACAGGCAUCCCCUUCUCUUUCCUCUCCUUCUCCUUUUAACUUUUGCUUUUUUCUUUUCUUUCUCUUCAUUUCAUUUUCCACAUCCUUGCCCUUACUCUCGAACGCGCUUUCGCCAUUUCUAUCUUUCACGUGUUCCUCUCCAUCAGAUUUGGCUUCCUCUGUUUCAACACUUUCCAUUUUCAAUUUGUGUUUUCUUUUGUGUUUCUUAGCCCUUUUUUCCAUUUUCUCUCCUUCACUCAAGAAUGUGUUUUCUCCCUCACCAUCUUUCUCACCUACUUUGUCUUCAAUCUCAAAAGCUUCUGCUGCCCGAUUUGCUUCGCCACUCUCAACUUUCAGAUGUUUGUCGUUUCUUUUUUCCAUUGGUCCUAAAACUGGGACUAAACAAGAAAAAACUUUAUUUAGAGGCUACUGGAUUCCAGUGAAAGUUCAAAGUUGGAAAUCCUUUAACCCAUUCGCCCCUGAACCGCCCGUAACCGCCCGUGCGGAUCCAGGUCCUUUCUACCCAUUGUGACGUCAUCAGUUUUAACGGUCAAGGACAACUUUCUUCGCUAACUUGUGCAGAGUGAAGAGAUCUUUCAAACCAUACCAGAAUGAGCACAAUUUAGUCAAGGACACCGGAGAAACAAGCAAAAAACCACCUGACAUUGACCUGAAAAUCUCCAUGAAAAUCUUGUUCCAUUACCCACCUACCUUUCCUUUCACCUAAUCCUAAGAUCCUAAAAGCUUUCCUAAAAACUCUUCCCACCAAAAUGAAGCCUACUAAAUGCCCAGCAAGAGAAAAAAAAAAUGAGGCAAGAAAAGCGAAAAAAGAAGGGAGGAGAGAAAGCGAAAAGUAAAAGUCAAGACUGCUGUGUCACUUUUAAACCCCAAAAUUUUGCUUUCUGCGCAUGCCCGAACUUCGCAAGCUGAUAUUUUGCAUCUGGAUCAGAAGGCCGCGAAGUGUUCGACCUGUAAACCAGUUUGUGGUAAGUUUUAGCUCUUUAUAGCACGACAGUGACCAGAAAACCACUUGACUAGCUUCAAAACGCGUUUUUCGGCAAAAUCUCCAGGAGCGAAUGGGUUAAUGGUACCUGACAAUUUCUAUUUUGUUCUGGGUCUUGUUUCUAUUAAACCUAACACUAAGCAGCGUCUAACUUCUCCUGAUAUCAUUACCGGUUAAAAAGGUUAUGUCAAGCUAUUUGCUAUCCUUUUAAAAAGCUACAACAUUUUUUCGCAUCAAUUGAAUUCCACAAAUCAUGGUCCAGUUUUGUUACUUAACCCUUUAAGCCCCACUAUCCACAUACAAAUUCUCCAAACUGAUCUCUAUACAUUUCAUUAAAGAAUAAGUUGAGAGAAUUUGGCAAAAGGAGGGGGAUGAAUAGGGGUAUGCAAAUCCGCAGAUCCGUUAUGAUUUAUUGGCCAAAUCCGCCGUUAAAAUUUCGCCCUGAAUCCGAAAUCCGGGCAAAAAUAUUUUUAUUACAUGCAAAGUCCAAAAUCCGGGCCUAAAAAGUCGAUGAAUCCGCAAUCCGCUGCAGUUGCAGGAUCCGGGAAAUCCGUUAAAAUCUCGCUUUGAAUCCAAAAUCCGGGCAAAAAUAUUUUCAAAAUCCGCCUCCAUUCACCUAUUCACCCCGCUCCAAAAGAUCCAGGCAUUUUCUCUUGAGUGAUCAUUUAAUUAAUUCUCAUAACUUAUCUCUUGACAGUGUAUGGAUAUUGCUAAGAGAAAUUUGAUCUUGGUCACUAUUGGGACUUAAAAGGGUUAAGACUAUAUUUAGACAUUGAAAGUGUAUUCUGUUGUCUGUUGCAAAGGAUGGCAAGGAUGGACAUGGAUCGAAACUUGAAAAUUUGGCUAUGCCUUCAAAAAUCACCAAAAAAUUAUUAUGGUUAAGUGUUCCCUGAUGAAAUUUGUUUGAUAUCUUUUCCAGAACUGUACAGACGCAUUUUGUGUCUGGUCAAAGAUACCAAGUAAUGACCUCAGCACAGAAUUGCAAUAAAACAGCACAGUGGCAGAUCCAGACCUUCAGGAUAAGGGGGGGGGGGUUCUCAUUCUCCUCCCCUGGAUCCCCUCCCCUGGAUCUGCCCCUGCAGCAAUAUUGUCAUGACCUAGCCCCUUUGAUUACACAAAAAUGUCAUUGCCUCCAUUGUUUCUGGGUGUCACGUGCAAGGGAACUUGGGAAGGUUACAAGUUAACACAAAGGGUUAUAUCAUGACUGCUUCUACACUCUUCUCAAGGUGCCUUACAAGAUGCUUUACCAUUGAUCCUUUGAAAUCUUCCACAAUCAGUGAUUUUGUUACCUCUGCGUCCUGCGUCCCUGACGCAUAAAAAUCCCCAGAGACACAAAAUAAUUUAUGGCAUGCAUCUUGUAGGACAUGAAAUACCUUAACAACAGUGCAGAGAAGAUGCACAUGAAUGCCAGAGAGUAAGGAUUAUUAUUUUUUCUGGGCGUACAGACUUUGUUGUGUAAACGCCCACCAGAAAAAAGAAGCUUUAAUAACGUAUUUAGUCAAGAGUUCAGAUAUUCUACAAGCUACCUUAAAAGGCACCUUUGACACUCUAUAUCAAAAAGUGUAUUUCAGCUGACAGACCUUAUUUACAUACUACCGAAGUUUUUAAAGGAAAUGUAUGCAAACCGAUUAGCCAGAAUGAGUUCAUUAAUAUCACCACAAAGUAUGUGUCCUACAUUUUUGGGCAAAUCAUAGUCUAUGAUAUCAUAGUUUUUAGGUAUAUGUAAUAAAAUAAUAUGAUUUUAGCCUGAGGGAUUUUUCAGGUUUGAAUUCUUUUUUCCACAUAAUUCUUUGAUCAUCCCUGUCACUUUGAAUUCAUAGUAUUAAUUAACCCAUGUGGGUAAAUAACUUACAUGUACUGGUGUGUUAAAAAUUACACUUUUGUAACCAAACACUUCUGAAGCAAAUUUUCAAAAAUUUGUUUAUGACUUGUUUGCUUGAUGGUGUAAUGACCAUGUGAUCAACAGUUUUGAUGGUGAAAAGUUUUAGCAGGAAGGUGCCAAUAAUCUGACCAAAUUACAAAGCGUGGAAGAGAGUGUUCCUGUCACACACCCUUUCUUACUUACAAAAAAGCUCCAGAUGGGCUAGCUGAGAAGUGGUUAAUUUUAACUGUCACUGAGAAACUGGGGGAUUCUUUAAACUGAUAGCUGAAAUGUGAGGUCCAAAACAUUAACUGAUCACCAAGAAAUGUGCUGAAAUUUUCCUAGUGACAGAGAAAAUACCAAAAACCUUUUUGAUAACUGUGGGCACUGACAAAAAGUCCGACCUGGCUAGCUAGUACUGAUAGGUCUAGAUAGGUCACUGAAAAUUAAAUUGGCUAUGUUCAAGAUUUUUUACUUAGAUUUUAAAUAACAUACUGCUGAGCAUACUACAGAGCCAGGAGGCAGUAAGUAGGAAAUAGACGACUUCAAGUCGAUCUGGCCGGCCAGGUGGCGCCACCAGAGAUGUAAUCAUGUAGACUUCUCCCCCGGAAACAAGUAAUGACCAGUAUGUGUUUUGAUUCGAAAAACGGUGUCUUUAAAUGGACAGACAGUCUGACCCACCAAAAUUUUGAAUACAUACGAGCAUAAUAACUUGCUCUUGUAUCAUGACACAAAAAUGUCACCGGUUAAAUGCAAAGAAUUGAGCUUUGUUCCGGGCAUGAACGUGAGAUGGAGCGAGCGUGAGCUUAGCAAUAAACAACCAAAUGCAAAAGCUUUACGGGAAAAGUUCGACAAAUUUCUGACUAAAAACACAUUCAGGUUAUUUUAGAAAUCACCUACCUUUUCAUAAACGGUAGAGCUUUCGGCGUGUUAAAUAUUAUUGGAACUAGAGAUUUUUAUGCCAAUAAAUGGAUGUAGUCUCUUCGUCUUCCAUACACGUGCAACUCAUUGAGCAGAGACUGGGUAUGAUGGCCUUGUGAGGAAGUGAGGAAGUGACUGACCCUCCCCUGGUCGAUAAACGCAAUAAUGCUCUCAGCUGCACAAAAUGUCGGAAAAGAACCGAGUUGCGAUAUUGGAACUGAUGAAGAAGCCUGGAAAUAACACAUGUGCGGAUUGCGGCGCACCAAGUAAGAGUUUUGAAACAGUUUUACUCCUUCAAGUUAACAGAGAAACGGUUCUUAUUUUGUGAACUUUUAAUUGAUUUUUUCCGGCGAUUUCCUGCAUGUGCGUUGUCUUGAAUUCGAUAGAUCCUGAGUGGGCCUCUGCAUCCAAGGGACUAUUUAUUUGCAUCACAUGCAGUGGAAUUCACCGAAAUCUAGGUGCACAAGUAUCAGCAGUAAAGUCGCUGAGGCUUGACACGUGGACAGAUGAAAAACUGAAGGUAAAUUAGACAAGAAAUUUGGCUUUCAGUACGUUAAAGCGGGUGAAACUUUUUCGUGUAAUCUGACGUGAAAUAUGUAAGCUUACUUAAGCGUAAUCAAUUUCAUCAGCUGAUCUCCUACACUUGAAUGAAUGAAACUUUAGUUUUUAAAGAUCAUAGAAAGCUCCAAACAUGUUUCAGACACCUUUUGUCAAUAUCUUCGGCUUAUUGCUUUAUUGUAUUAAUUGAGAUAAAAAUAUCAUCGUUCAAAUUACACAUAAGAUUUAUUUCAUUUACAAAUUUCGUGUUAGCUGAAAUCGUGUGAAGAAGCAAGAAUUUUGUUGUGCAAUGUUCACACUGAAUAGUUAUUUUAUAUGGUCACAAAACGUGUUUAUAUUAUAUUGUGUCCCAAACGUCCUUAUCUUUUGCUGAAUAGUUUAUUUCCUUGUGUGAUUCAAUGGAGCUGGAAUUUAAGCUUAUCUAAUAAUUGGUUUAAUAUGCCUAAAAUUGUUGAAGCUUACGUUAUUUAUUUAUGAGCAUGUUCACGAUCAUCAAAACAGACUGACUGCUCAUAACAUGAAGUAUCUUGAAAACUAACUUUAAAUAAAUAAUAUUUAGGGUUCACUUACACAUAGAAACGUUUCAGUGGAAACUGACUUUUCUUUUCAUUGUUUUUGUAAAGAUGACAAGGGCUCUGAAAAUCUGAAACAAGGAAUGAAUUUUUUUCGUGAAUUUUAAAGGCAUUUCAAAUUAAUAGAAACAGAAUAAAACAAGAAACUACGACAAUAAUGCAGAAACAAAACCAUUAUGUUCCUUAAUUGCUGACAGUCAUUAGGAUCAUUACUGAGCCGUGCAUGUUUGGACAUCAUUUGCUCAAGCAUAACGUUGCACUUAUUCAAAUUCCAUUCUAAUUUUGAAUGUAUACUUGAAAUGUGAGGAAUGUUAAAUGAAGGGAUGUGAAAAAAAAUUUUUCUUGGUGUUAAUUUAAAUACAUAAAUGAUUGUGUAUUUGUUCAGUACUAUUGUUCCAUCAAUGCUUUUGAAGACCAUUGUAAACCACCUUAACCUGCUCAUCUGUGCAUUUCUAUAGUGGUCUGAAUUUCUUAAAACAUGACCAAGAGGUUUUUGCCUGGCAGCCGGCACAGCCAGCUUCCAGGCCAGUACGGUCUCCAAAAAUUGAGAGGGCUUGCUGUUUUUGUUGGCACAGGUAGAGAUAUCCCUAACAGUGGGUGGGUGGUCCAGGCCUGUGAGGCAAUAAUGGUGGGGUAGGUAGGGGUUUAUUUUGACACAACCCUUACAGUAAAGAGCAGUGUUAUUUACUAGAGGCUUUGACUUGCAAAUACCUUCAUCAUUCAUCAUCCCUUUGCACAAGUCAGCUCAAUCAGGCCUCUGCUGACAAUAAUGAUCAUGAUAAUUACAAAGCUCACGGGGAUGAGUGUUGCGUGGGGAGGGUGAAUUCUUUGUACCAAAGACCUGCAGAGACUGAGUGAAGCCAUUUCUACAUUCAGAUGUACAUGAGAUGUCGUUGUUGGGAUCUUUUGCCUCCUGACCAAUUGGAUGCUGGUCUGUUACAUGGUUACUGCCCUUCAACAUAUCUAUUACUGCAGGUGCACUGUGGUGAUGUUUCUACAAGACAGCAGGAAACAAAUUUUUGAAAUCAGUAGAAUGGUGGAUCGAGAACUCAAACCAUACCUGUCCAAGAUUGUGUAAAAUACUUGCCAAAGAAAAAGGAAAAUGUCUAAUCAAUGUAUUAAAGUAGAGAUUUGACAACAAUGACUUACAGCAAACUUUUGUUUUUCACCAGCUGCAGCCACUUGAAAACACUUUUUCUUUUUCUCUUUGCCCUGAAUAGAGCACAAGGCUGCACUCUCUAAGGAAAAUUAUAGUGACCCCAGUGCUCUGAACCUGUGAAAUCUAGGUUGGCCAGCAUUAUGAUUUGUAUUUAAAACAAAAACAAACAAAGAUUUUCUAGUCACCCAAGAACAAAAGUUAGGCACCAGGGGCCACCGGGCUAGGCUAAAGCACAGCCUUGGAGCAUCAGCAGUAUUAUCUCUUAUAAGUAAUGUUAAGUAUUUUUUGUCUUGCAGUUUAUGGAAGAAAAUGGUAACAUCAAGGGCAAUGCCACAUGGGCCAAGAAUGUGCCAGUUUUUUAUCGAAGACCGACACCUACAGACCCACAGUAAGCAGAAAUAAUCAUUAUGAUGCUCAGCUGUUUUAAUCAUAAACUAUGCCUUUUAUCUAAUCGUGAGUGUUGCCAUGGAAAGGAGCUCAUUAUUAAGGACUGUUGUAACCUGAACAGAGUAGAGUAACAAUAUCAGUUGUUUCUUUUGAACCCUUAAUAGUGCUACAUGCAUGCUUGAAACAAGACCCCCAUAGUGGGGUUACAUUGGUCUGCAUUUAUUUAUCUUUUGAGAUACAUAAAAGUUUGUUUGUUUAAUAAAAACAUGAUGAAGGAAAGUGGAGUUGUGGGUCCAGACUGAGACUUCUAAACUGCGAUUACCUUUUUGGUCUGCUAACUUUUGUGUACUUCAAUGCUGUUCUUCCCCACAUUUUCCAGUUAAUCUUGGAUAAAGUAACAUGACAUUAUUCAAGUUCAUGGUUAACGUCUUCACAAGGGUGACAUAAAUGUGAAGUGACCCAAGAAAUAUUUGCAUGAAUGCAUGUUUCACGCUUAAUUGGCUUUCUGCUAAAACAUGAGUUCAAUCACGUCAGAAGAGGAAAAUGUAAAACAAAAAUAAAAUAAAAACACUAUUUGACUGUCCACGAAUAGUUUCUGUUUGGCCUCGAAGGAAGAGAUUUUUUACAUGGACCCGAGAGCUGAAGCUGAAGUUUGUAUUGGUGCUAGCAUUAUUUUUUUGAUUUGAUUUGUUCACCAGCAAAUCUUUAAUAUGGCAAGAGUGUUUGCACAAUUAUGCUGAAAGUAACGUAUAAAGUAUAAAGGACUCUUAAUAUUAUUUUCACGUUGCUUGUAUAAGGAUCCUAACUGGGAUUCAGUUUGCUCAGUUUUCAAGCUCUAAUCAUUAAACUCACAGGUGUAGGAGUAAUUUACUUUUUGGUGUUCAGGAAAAUUUCUUUUUCUCAAUCCUCUAUGCAGAGGAGUGGGGAUGGGAAACAUAAUUUGAUCCAUUUUCUAUUGUCUUUUUGCUGCACAGGAAAUGGCACUCAUUUUUCGAUUGGCUCUGUCAAAGGCAGCCCAAUAAUAUUUAUUACAUUAAACUUUAAAAAAUUAUGUUUACGACCAACUUUAUAAAACUUGACAACUUGGAAGUACCAAAGUUUUGGUCCUUGAGCAAUUUAGUCCGCAUCACCAAAAAACAACAACAACUGAACUACCUUUUAACUUUAAUUAUCAUUGCUAACAUUAAGUUUUGCAUAGCCAUAGUCAUCUUCAUCAACAUAGUCAUUUUUGCAUUUCAAGAAGCUUUGAAGUACAAAUUAAAUCCUUGGUCUUUUUAACUUUAACUGCAUAUUUCAUAUUUGACUGGAUGACUUGUGUUUUUAAGUCUGCCUUCAGAGAGAUAUUUUGACUUGGUUGACGAGGUGUAGAAAUCUCAAGUAGUCAGUUAUCACUUGUGAGAAAGCUGAUAAUUGACCAGUAAUAAGUUGCAAAAUAUAAUGUAGCCAUGCUUGACUGGAUAAAUUUUAGAGGCCUUGAGAGUGCUAUCCAGUGGAUAAAUCUCUGUGCAGUGGAUAAUAAAAUUGGUUUCCUUAUCACUGAAAACUGUGAUUCAUGUUGUUUGAUCCAAGUGAUAAUCAAAAAGUAUCAUAAAACAUAAAACACAACAAGACAUAAUAUGGGAUAUAAGGGGUAACUCUGCUAUAUAUUUGUAGGUUUGAAUGUAUUGGAUUUUUUUUAUGUUUUUCUUUACAAAAAGUGUCCUUAAGGAGCAAUGGAUUAGAGCCAAGUAUGAACGGAAGGAGUUUGUUGAUGGAGCACCAGAGCCACCUUAUUUAAAAGGUACACUAUGGGCAAAUUUACAGAUGUGCACACAUUAGCCUGUGAUUACAGCCAUCUCUCCUCACACCUUGCCACUAGGGUUGUUUCGCGAGAGAGACGUCUGCACCUUAGUAACAGAAAUUCCAUACUAAUGACUUAAAAUCUGUCCAAAAUGUGGUCAGGUUGAAGUAGUAGUUGUAUUAUUUAAGCUAUGCUUACGAAUGUAAACACAAUGAAUCUACUUCAAAGCAGUAUUGCCAUAAUCGACAAGGAGAAACCUUAAAUGAAACAAAUGUACAUUUGGAACACCAUGACUACCAGAUGAUUUACAUCUUCAGUAUGGAAUUUCUGUCGCUGAGGCACAGACGUCUCUCCUACAAAACAUUCCUAGCGGGGGGGGGGGAAGCGAAGUUAUGCACACAUUGCAGGCUAUGCACACAUUAGCCAUUUCAGAAACGCUAUGUUGCUGACGAAAGUUUUUUGUCACAUGUGCGCACAAGAUUUACUCUUUUUUAUUCAUGGGUACACUGAGUCAUAUUAGCAUGUGUGUUUUUAUUAUACCAAUAAUAAAUAACAAUAAUUAUUAUUCACCGAAGUGGAGGUGGCUAGUGGUGGUUAUUUACUGAAUUUUGUCACCUUCUUCAUGCAUUUCGGGAACAGCUUGUUUGAUUAUUUGUGAAAUUUCUUUGUUUGUUACGGCAGCAAUCAACAAUUAUUGAAUGAGGCAUAGUAUGAUUUGAUUCUUGGAUUUGCCCAAAGGCAGUGGAUAACCUCUGAAAUCAGCAUAAUAUUAUUCCUGACAUCACUAGAACGCUGAAUUCAAUAAAUUGUUUUAUAAUUCAUUCCAAAUAUUUCUAAGUUCUUAUUAACACGCUUACCUUCAAAUCUUCAAAUCUUUGGCCUAUUUACUACUUUACCUUCUUUACUGAAUUUAUAAAAAUUUGAAUGAUUUAUAAAAAAAAGUGUUUGAAGGUGAUCUUGAUAUUCAGUGGUUUUGAAUCGUGUCCCCAACAUGUUUUUGUAUCAGGCUCAAUGCGAGGCUAUUUAAGGAAAAAAGGAAAGGAUGAUAGCAGUUGGAAAGUACGGCUCUUUGUUCUGUCAGCAGAUAACAAUUCACUCAGUUACUAUAUUAAAGAUCAGGUAUGUGACUUAAACCAUUAAUCAGUUCCAAUAUACUGGGUUUUUUUCAUGUAAUCAGUCUAGAGUUAUCUUAUAAUUAAUUUGUCCACCUUUUUGGAGAGGCCACUUUUUGCAUGAUAAUUAAUGUGUACGACACAUUAAUGUCACCCAGUGCUCAUGAUGUAAAGAAUAUUGAUUUAAGGCUUAAGGCUCGAUUUCAUCAGCAAUGGAGUCAGAGUUGAAAUAAAUUGUAAGUGGAGUUGCAAGAGUGCUUAUGACCUUGUGAAAAUAAAAAUCAGUGUUGUAAGCAGAGUCACAAGCAUGUUGGAAUUGGAGUAGGAAGAAUAAGAACGUUUCCAUUUUCUUCUGACUCUGCUUAUGACUCUGUCACUUAAGAUCUAGUGAAAACCAGAUUGUUGGAGUCGGAAGCAGAAGGAGAAGGAUAAACCAAUCACAAUGAAAGUUUUCUUGCUUUGUGAUGGGUUUAGUUCCUCUGCUUUGGCUUGCAACCCCAACAGCCUAGUUUUCACUCGAUGGUAUGAGUCAUAAGCGGAAUCAGAAUGCUGUUUUUUACUACAAACAUAAAGUUCUAUGCUACUCAUCUUGACACCCACUCUGUCGCUAGUGAAACAGCCUUUAAGGACUAAUGUAAUUAAGUGCUACACUGGCAAUCAAAUGUACAUAUGGCCGUAGAAUGAAUGAGAAAUUCCAAUAGUGUACCAGGCCAACUGCAUUGUGAUCAAAAUGAAGAAUUUCUCGUUCCACAUUCUGCACCUAGCUAGUGCAUUUAUUUGUACAUCUGAAUCACAUGCAUUCAAACUUCGAGUUUCCUGCACUACAAAUGACAAAAUUCUUUUAAGAGAACAACUGGCAGCAGUAGAAAAAAACUACAAAAUACAAAGAAAGUUUCUGUAAGUAAAACUCUGUAAAAAUGAUAUGGAGAAUUUUGCACAGAGUACUUUAAUUGAUUUAGUUUGAAUAUUUUUAUUUUCUUAUUUAAGUGAAGAAUAUUAUAAUAAUAUUAUUACAGUUAAUCAUUAUACAUGCAAAUUUGUGGUGGUAGUUUUAGUAAUUAGAUUAUUGGUGAGAAUCAGACCAAUACAACAGUUGAGCCUAAUAUUUUCUGAAGGAUGCAAUGUUCAUUUAUUAAUUUAUUAUUAUUGGUGUUUGGUUUUGAUUUUCAGGAUAGAACACCUAAAUUUACCUUCAAUGUCAAAGAGAUCAAUGUAACUUUUGCUCAAGAUAGAACAAAUGAGGAUAAUAGCUUACAAUUCACAUAUGUUAAGUCAGAUGGAUUGACAAGAAAUUACUUUGUGUCUUCAGGGUCUGGAAAGGUAUGUGAAAACCUUUAUGACAUUACUUGAAAAUGGGUCUAUAUUCUUUAAAGAUUUAUUACCAUUAAUCAAAACAGGUGGGCAAGACCCACUCUUUGGGUAAAGAGAAUUCCACUGUUAAUGGGGGGAAUCUUCAGACAGGUUACUUUAUUGUCAAGAAAUUUAUUUACUAAACCGCAGAGGGUGAGACUUAAGCAUCCAAAACUAGUUAAUGUGGUUCCGCCAUAUCCUUUGUUACCUUUUAUAACCAAUUUUUUUUCAUUUGAUAAAUUAUUAAUCUAUUGAGAGUCAUUAUUUUCUAUUAUUAGUUAUAAACAAAGUGCAAGUACAGAGCUUUUUCUUAUCACAAAAAUAAAUAAUUAUUAUUAAAUUAUAAAAAAAAUUACCAUCCUGUCACUCCUCAGAUUACAAUUUUUUUCUGCUGUCUGUCUGUUACAUUGCUUGUAUAAAUGAACUGUCUGUUGUUGAAUUGCCAGGAGCUUAUUGACUGGUACAUGGCCAUCAGAUCUGCAAAGUUUUGUUUAUUAGGACUGAAUGGUCCCCAAGCUGAUCCCAGCAAGGUGAGCUGCAUCUUAAGGAGGCCAAGUGCUACAGUCGCCAUGAAAUGUUAAUUGGCAUUUCCUGAUAUCUCAUUUUCUUUAAAGGAACUAGCAGUUCUUUUUUUAAGGCAGCAUGGCGGAGCAGUUAGAGUGCUGGACGUGAAAUUCAGAGGCCCUGAGUCCAAGUCCCACCCUGACGGCUAGCUGGAUUUGUUCUCGGUGGUCCUGAGUUCAAAUCCUUGACCACGUUUGUAAAUAGCCAACUGUCUUUGCCUCUAGCCGGUUGGGAUUCUUAACCCCAUUGUGUUUGAUUUAAAUUAUUUGUUUCAGGAAUUUGCUUGGCGCCACUAGCUUUAGUGCUUUAAAUACUGCUGAGGGUAAAUAACGGAAAUUUAAUGAAUCAUCUGCAGUGGGCUCCAAUAUAUAUGAUUGUGUAUGUUGUAGUUAAUUCUUUUAUCUCAGGUUAUUUUUAUUUUCCUUUUGUUUUUGGGCAUGGUAAUGCUAAUGAAGUUGAAACAAAAGGAAAAUAAAAAUUACCUGAGAUGAAAAAUUAACUACAACAUGUAGGUAUUUUAACAAUUGAAAAAAAUCUUAAUAUUUCCUUUUAGGUGAAUGCCAUACUUACCAGAGACUUUACAAUGGAGGGUUUUCUUCAAAAGAAAGGACCAAGGGUGAAUAUUUCUUAUAAAUCUGUAGGUUGCAAAAUCAAUGUCAGAUCAAGUUGGUGGGUUCAAAUGCUAUCCAUUUAUUCCAUUGUAAAUGAGAAAUACCAGCAUUAUCAGGGUUGUCAAAAGUAGCCGGCUACCAGUAAAAAUCCCCCGCCUACUUGGUUAUUGUCGGCCGGCUACUCUGCUUGACAUUUGUUUAUGGAUGGCGGUUUUUAAAUAAAAUAUCCCUGGACUGGCCGCUUACUUUGACAACUCAGCCAUCUACUUCAAAACUUUCUGACAACCCCGCAUUAUUAGCAGUACUCCUGGGGACUAUUAUUCACCUGCCACCAAAAUAAUAUUCAUUUUUGUAGAACCAUUCCAUUCAAUCUCCAUAUAUUUCCUAGCUGUUUACUAGAUUCUGAGGCAAAAUUUUGUUCCCAUACAAGCAACUCUAAUCUCCCUAGCUUGAAUAGGUGCACUGAAUAUCUGGGGCGGGGGGUGGGUACUCCCUAUAACAGCUCAUAUGGGGAGGUUCCACCUAAAAGGGGUGCAUCCUUUUUCAGGCCUCAGGUGUAUAAAAGGGUACUACAGGGAUUUUACAAGUUGAAGUAUAUGAAAGGGUAGGGAAAUUUGUCAUUUUGUCUGUAAAGGGGCCUAAAAGAGUGAACAAAUGGAUUUUAUGACUGUGAAAAAGACAAGCAAACUUAGCGGUUCAGUAAGUUAUUCAUAUUUUUAAGACAGUGCAUUUAUAGCAGUUAAAAGGGAUGCAGCUUUCUACACUAGAUAUAUGAAAGGGAUGCCAUUAAUAUAUUAUAUUGUCAAAAUAGAAGGUACAGUCAAACCUUCACUAUCGGCCACCUCUCCACAACAGCUACCUCUCUACAAUGGCCAUUUUUUUUGGGCAGACAGUCCAUACGGAACCUCUCUACAAUGGCCACUUUCUUCUGUCCCCAAGGUGGCCGUUGUGAGAGGUUCAACUGUGUACAAAAGGGGCACCUUUUCUGUCAAAAAUGGUAUACAGUUACUUCGAGAAAGGUUGUCGGAAAAAGUGCACGCGACAAUGCCAAAAGGUAUUGUGGGUGGUUUUCAGUUCACUGUUCAAAGAAAUUUGCAAGAAUGGCACGAGAGGCCAUGGACAUAUGUUUACAAUUGCUAAAGGAAAGAAACAAUAGAAGGUUCGGCAGCUACAGUGUCAGGAACAGGUUAUUGAUCAUAUUGAUCAUAUCCCAUAUUACCUUUCGGGAUCGUCGCAUCCACAUUUUUUCCAUCAACCUUUCUCGAAAUAGCUGUAUAAAAGGGUAAGAAGUUGGACCUUGGGGCAGAGCCUCCCCGUAUAAAAUGUCUUUGAGUACCUCCAUCCCCCUUCCCCCAGGGGAUGAAUACCAGGGAAAAGAGGCCUCUGCUAGCAGUGAACAUUCUAGAAUGCGUUCAUUAUGGUUUUCAUUCUGAAAUGAAACUCUAAUUCUGAUAUUAAAAUUUCAUUUAAAAGUAAACUGAAAAUGAACUUUUUCCUGAGAUGAAAAUUGUGAACCUAAAAGUGUGUAGUCUGGGGUGAGUGUGGCAUGUGUACUGUUUUCAAGAUAAUUUGGUGCAAUGGAAGAUACCAGAACAAUGCCUUAAACAUUAGCAAAUUUUUGAAUGCAGUACAAGCCUCAUUUUCAAACAAAACUCAUUCUGGAAUGAAAGUCAUUUAAAUACAUAGCCCAAAUUCUUGUUUAUUAACUCAGCUUGAUAUUACCAUAAUCUAUUUAAUAAUUUAUCUUUAACCCAUUCGCUCCUGGAGAUUUUGCCGAAAAACGCGUUUUGAAGCUAGUCGAGUGGUUUUCUGGUCACUGUCGUGCUAUAAAGAGCUAAAACUUGCCACAAACUGGUUUACAGGUCGAACACUUCGCGGCCUUCUGAUCCAGAUGCAAAAUAUCAGCGUGCGAAGUUUGGGCAUGCGCAGAAAGCAAAAUUUUGAGAUAGUUUUUGGGUUUAAAAGUGACAGAGCAGUCUUGACUUUGACUUUUCGCUUUCUCUCCUCCCUUCUUUUUUUCGCUUUUCUUGCCUCAUUUUUUUUUCUCUUGCUGGGCAUUUAGUAGGCUUCAUUUUGAUGGGAAGAGUUUUUAGGAAAGCUUUUAGGAUCUUAGGAUUAGGUGAAAGGAAAGGUAGGUGGGCAAUGGAACAAGAUUUUCAUGAAGAUUUUCAGGUCAAUGUCACAUGGUUUUUUGCUUGUUUCUCUGGUGUCCUUGACUGAAUUGUGCUCAUUCUGGUAUGGUUUGAAAGAUCUCUUCACUCUGCACAAGUUAGCGAAGAAAGUUGUCCUUGACCGUUAAAACUGAUGACGUCACAAUGGGUAGAAAGGACCUGGAUCCGCACGGGCGGUUACGGGCGGUUCAGGGGCAAAUGGGUUAAAUACUUGGCAUAAUACCUAGUAUAAUUAAUCUCUUGCAUUCUUUUGCUCUUUUUUGUAUUCUGUACAUAAAGGAUGAACCAUGGGCAAAACGGUGGUUUACACUUGAUGGCAGAAGACUUCUUUAUUUCAAAGAACCAAUGGUAAGAAGUUGUUCCCUGUUUAUACAGUGUGUGUGUAACAUUGCAAUUUGUAACAAUAUUAAAUAAAGAUUUAUGGUGAAAAAGUAAAUUGCAGUUAAUGGAGAGUGCCGUGCCAGAACUCCCAGGUUAGGUAGGUAGGUAGGUAGGUAAAUUCUGUAAAAUCAUCUCAAGGCUAUUGAUAUUUUGAUCCAACUUGAUUUGAUCUCUGAUUUCUGAAUUCAUAAAUUAUCUUGCCCCCUUCCUGGCAUGAAAAAGAGAUUUUUGGAUAGGUCAUUGUAAGUACCAGAAGACUGGCCAUAAAUGCUUACUUGUAACUUAUUAUUAGGCCAAAAUUUUCUAGAAUUUGCGAUUGUUGGGGUCAAUGAUAAAUACAUGUAACCAUGCAUCAGGGGGAAUUCUUGCAGUCAUUUUUUAUCAGACAUGUUUUUCUCUGUACAGUCGAAGCUCUGGUAAGCAACCACCUCAGAAAUUCGAAAAUGUGGUCAUAUCAUUGCUGGUCGCUUGCGAGAAGGAACUCUUGUAAGUGACACAACAGUAAAACAAAAAUGGUGGUCACAGAAACUCAUUAAUAAUUCCUUUAAAAAACCAAAAGAAAUUAAUGUUUAAUAAGUGUCUUCAUAUCUGAUAUAGACACAGCUAAACUUUACAUCCAGUUUUUUAGACCAAAAUAACGCCAAAUUUAAAUAUUAGUGUGAAGAAUGAGUUGAUCUACAUCAGAAGAUUUUGAUGCCAUUCAAUAAACUCACAGUUCCUUUUUUUUCGGGUUUGAGUGGUUGCUUACGAGAGCUUAAAAACAAAAGAAAAGUCCAAUUGGGUAAUAUUAACAAGAGCUUUUGUUUAAGUCACAGUUCAAACGGGGUUUCACAAAGGUGGUCAUAGCUAGAGCUGGUCACGUACGAGAAUGGAGGCAAGGAGAGCUUCAACUGUAUUUACUGCUGUACAUUUUUUGCUAGGCACCCUUAGCACUUGGAGAGCUCAUCAUUGGUUCACGAACGGAACGAUUUGAUCUUCAUGAAGGAUGCACAAGGCAUCAAGAAUUAGAUUACUGCUUCACAUUAACCACACCUGGAAGGGAUUAUGUUGUGAUGGCAACUACAGAAAAUGAAAGAAAGAUGUGGAUGGACUGUUUAUCAAAAGUCAUAGAACAGCCAAUGACAGAUGAAGACAAACAAGGUUAGAAUGACUUUAAUCAUCUUACUUAUUAAAAACUCUUUAUGGUACUGCAAAAUUAAACAAUAAGGUUAGGGGGCACCCAACGACUUUUUCAUGUAACUCAAGAUAUUGUGUUUACAGUUAAACCUCCAUUUAGCAGCGAACUUCAGGGUACCAGCAAGUGGCCGCUUAAUGGCGGUUGGCCACUCAACAGAGACUUGUCAUAAAUUAGUGUAAUCUUGAACAGAAACAUCACUUUACCUUAAAAUAAGCACACAACAGGAGCAGCAUUACUGGUCCACAACCAGUCGUCACCUUCUAUCUUGGACUGUAUUUUCCUUCAUUAUUCUUAAAAUGAAGCCAAAUUAAGUCUAUCAAGUGCUUGAUGGCCACUUAGAGAGGUCACAACAAUGGGAGAACUCUCGUUAGGAUGGCCAAAAGGUGGCGGCUGCUGGUUACAGCAUGUAAUAGAGGUUUAAUUUCUCUAUUUUUUUCUACAAUUACCCUGGGGCUUUGAUUACUGGCCGCUUAAUAGAGGGUGGCCACUUAAUGGAGGUUUGACUGUAUUGUUAACCGUUUAAGUCCCAAUAGUGACUAUUGUCAAUUUUCUCCUAACGAUACCCAGACAAUGUCAAGAGAUUAGGUUAUGAGAAUUAGUAAUUAAUGAUCACCAAAGUGAAAAUGCCUUGAUCUUUUAUCACAUUCUCUGAACUUAUUCUUGAAGGAAAUGUAUAGGGAUCAGUUUGGUGAAUUUGUAUGUGGAUAUUGGGGCUUAAAGGGAUAAUAAGUUAUCCUGAAAAUUUUGGUAUAAACACAAAUUAAAUGUCCCCUAGAAUCUUCUACUGAAGGAACUGGAGAUACUCCAUGUCCUCAAACUUUUGUCCUCACCCAUCAGGCGAUCUGCAUUUCAGUUUUGAAUGAGACGAAAAAGCCACCUAAAACUUUGGACAGUUAGUUUUUAGGGUAGCCCAAAAUUUGGCAAACAUUCUUCUAUAUAUGAAAGCCUAGAGAAAACCAUUUUAGACAAUUUUGGCUUAUUUGCAAACAUUCGGUUGUUGGGGACCCUCAGAUAAGGUAAUCAUGAAGUUUACAGCUGUAUUCUUCAUAUGACUUGAAAGCAGUAGAUAAGAAAAAAGAUAAAAAGGUUUUUUUUAAAAUUUAUAAUAUUUAACCCGUUUUCAGCCAUGAAUGAAACACGUGCAGCCAUGGAGAAGGCAAAAAAGAAGAGUUUCAUCAGCAACUUUAGAAGAUCAUCAUUUAGAGAUGACGAUUCGACUUAAAAGAACUUGCAUGGAGCAAAACAACUGAGAGAUAUAUUCAUUGGCCGGUUCCAAGAUUAUUCAAAUUAUUAUUAUUAUUAAGAUUGCAGUGAGCCUUUGCGAGUUAGCUCACUGUUCUUUACAAUAGUGGGAAAAAGUCAAAAUUUGUCGGUUGUAAGAUCAGACGAAUAUGCAGUCGAUCGGUUAUUAUCCAGGGUAUUCACUCCUGUGAGAUGACAUCACGUAAAAUGCAUGUGGACGAGAUUGAGAGAUUUUGACUAAAUUUUCAGGGUGCAAGCAGAUUAUAAAUGAAGUUAGUGUUUAGUAAUUGCCACCUCUAUUAUUUUUUAGAUGUCUUUAUUUGCUUGUGGAAGUAUUUAUUUAAAGGUGUCGAUCCAGAGCAUUUUUAUGACUCUCGAGGAGGACAAGAGAUUUAUAUGUGUUUGGCUGCUCUAUUUGCUGAUUCGCGAAUAAAUGGAGGAGCGAAGAAAUUGCUCAAAUACCCCUUCGUGGAGAUAGUUUAUUUCUCUGUGCAUUAAUUAGUUUAUUCGCGACUCCAGCUUUCUGGUCGCGGGAGAUAAGAGAGGAAGGCGUUUGUGUCAUAGCAUUAUUCCAGGCACAACACAUGUUAGGUGAGAAAGAUCUAUUGUUUAAUAUUAGUAAUAUUAUUUCAGUAACCCUAGGGAUGUUGGUGCAGAUAUUGCUUGUGCACAUCACUGUACUGCCCAAGCAACUUAUUUCAUAGUGUCAAUUCACCUCUUGUAUUGAGUGUGUACACUAAGUUGAAACCUUUCCUCAGCUUAAGGUUAUUGAAUUAAUUAUCUGGUACUUCUUUAUCACAGAUAGCCUGUAAGAGCAUUCUCUGCAGCUUGACUUUCUUUGAGCCAAGCGAAAAACGCUAAGAGAGAGCUGGCUUGACAUAAGAUAGUUUGAAACAGUUAUUACUGCCAUGUAAAUAAUUUAAUUCUAGGAAUUUAUAUAUAUUAUAUUUUCAUUUUAUUUUUUUUUUUAAUUUACUUUUCUAGCCUAAUGUCAGUAUCUGAGAAAUUUUGUUCAAAGCUUACAUUAUAUUUCUAAUAACUGGUAUGAAACAAUAAAUAUUAAAUAUAAUAGAACCAAUUAAAGUACAUUGCAACAUCCAAUGGAUGUAAUGUACAAGUGGUUUUAUUUGGAUAUAUUUUGUAAACCAACUUGUACACCUUGACUUGUUUUUUAAAAACAAUAAAAUGUGCAUGAAAUU